AUGUCGCAUAUGCUCAGGAGCGUCAAGAAUGUCACCAAGGGUUACUCGUCCGUCCAGGUCAAAGUCAGAAAUGCGACCAGCAACGAUCCUUGGGGCCCGACAGGCACCGACAUGGCCGAAAUUGCCAAGAUCACCUACAACAGCUCGACGGAUUUCUACGAAGUCAUGGACAUGCUCGACAAGCGCCUCAAUGACAAGGGCAAGAACUGGCGCCAUGUCUUGAAAUCGCUCAAAGUUCUCGACUACUGCCUUCACGAGGGCUCCGAGUUGUGCGUCACAUGGGCUCGCAAGAACAUCUACAUCAUCCGCACCCUCCGCGAGUUCAUUUAUCUUGACGAGGAGGGUCGUGAUGUUGGUCAAAACAUUCGUGUCUCUGCUAAGGAGUUGACCUCUCUCAUCAUGGAUGAAGAACGCCUGCGCUCCGAACGUCAAAACAGACACUCAUGGAAAUCAAGAGUCACUGGUCUCGAAGACAUGUCUGGCGGAGGUUACGAUAGCGAGACGCAUUCGACGCCGAGAAAGCCACGUGAGCGUGCCAACAGAGGACGAACCGAAGACGAUGAUCUCGAAUACAGACUUGCGCUCGAAGCAAGUAAGAACGAGGCCGAGGAAGAUGCCAGACGACGUGCCAUGAAGAACAGAGGUGGUGAGGAAGACGACGAUCUGGCCAAAGCGCUCAAGUUGAGCAAGGAAGAGGAAGAAGCACGCAAGCGCGAGUUUGACGAUGCGAAUGCAGCUUCGCUGUUUGACGAUACGCCUGCGCAGACGCAGCAGCCCACCGGCUUCAACCAGGGUUACCAGCAACAGACAGCCGUCGACUGGUUUGGUAACCCUAUGGGACAACAGCAACCUCAAUCCACUGGUUACCUGAACAACGCCUACAACCAGCAGCCGCUUCAAGCCCAGCAGACGGCCUUCCCUUCAGACUAUUCUGGCUACUACCAACAGCCACAGCCCACCGGCUUCGACCAGUCCUUCCAGCAGCAACAACAGCCGCAGCAGCAAUUCCUACAGCCACAGGCGACCGGCUACAAUCCCUGGGCCACUCAGAUGCAGCCUCAACAACAGCAGCAACAACAACCUCAGCAGACAGCUCAACCUGGCUCGAACAACCCAUGGGCUCUGUCGUCGCCCGCCUCGUCAGAGGCUCUGCGCCCACAGCCCACUGGCUCCAACAAUCCUUUUGCCUCGUCUUUCAACCGCCCGCAACAGACUCAGCAGCAGAGAGCCCCCACCCUGUCUGCACUGCAAGAACAAAAGACGGCUACGCAAUUCAAUCAGCCUGCAUACAACCCCAUUACCAGCUACCAAGCUCCCCAGCCCACAGCUGCUCCUUUCCAGCAGCCAGCUCAAACUGCCCAGCCCAUGGAUCCUCACCGCGCACAGCUCAACGCCCUUCUGUCUUCUGGUGAAGGCCAAGACACUUUUGGCAACGUCGGAAACAUGCGCAUUCCUGCUCAGCAUACCGCUCCUGGUACAUUUGUCAACAGUGCUGGUCAGGGACUGACCAAACUCGAAGCUUCGCGCACUGGCAACAACCCCUUCUUACAAUCUCAAUUCACUGGCAUGCCUCAACAGCAGUUCCCUGCACAGACUGGACCUGCAAAUGGAUAUGCAUCGUCCAAUCCUUUCGGUCAAAGGCAGCAAGCUCCGCAGCAGUCAGGCAGUCUUAUUGACCUGUGA